UACAUACUCUCAGGGAGCAAAUCUGGCCUUGUGGCUAAGGCACUUGACUGGAACUGAAAUUCUAGGUUGUCAGUCUCUAUGUAACCCUGGGCAAGUUACUUUCUUUGUCUCGCUCUCUGGCCAUGUCUAUACUUACCCAUAGAUUGAUGCUCUGGAGGGCCAUCUUCUGGCGUUCGAUUUAGUGGGUCUAGUAAGGACCUGCUAAAUCAAAUGCCAAGGGGCUGCCCCCAUUUACACUGGCACUCCUACUCCUUGGAAGGAGUAAGGAAAGAUAAUGUGAAUGUUUCUCCCAUCGACCUCCCGCCGUGGCAGUGGUGCCAAAGUUUGACGCAAGGUACUUAAUGUAAUUAACGUAGCUGGAGUUGCAUAUCUUAAUUCGAACUUAUCCCCUAGUGUAGACCUGACCUCUCUCUGUGCCCCAGCUCCCUAGCUGUGAAGUAUGGAUAGUAAUGUCUUUGUCCUCAUAGGCAUCUGAUCUUGGUUCAGUCCUCUCUAUGUUCUUUUGGUGUAGAAGUGUGGUGUCGCCAUAAAUAUGGUUGGGUUAUAAAUUAAGGCAUAAAUUCUUGUUUUUCUUUAAAAGUAGGUGGCCAGUUGGUACAAAGUGUUUUAUUUUAAGCCUGCUGGUGGUGGAGACAGUAAUAUCAAAUCUGCUGGGAAAUCCCACAAAGAACCUUUUAUCUGAGACAGUGACCAGGCCUGUAAAUUGAAAUCCCCGCAAGAACUAUCCAGUUGCAGUUUGUGAUUCCUGAGUUGGAAGUUGGAAGAACACCAUGGAAACCUCAUACUGGCUACUGCCUCUUGCAUGAAGUAUCAUCUCCACACCACUGAGGCAUGAGUUUUAUGGGAUGUGAUUUGGAGUCCUGUCUUCCCACCUGUCGGGGGAUUAUGGUGGGGAUGACUGGUGUGAUGAAACACCCCCCCCCGUGUUCGCACCCUAUACAUGUUGUACAAAAUAUGCCUUGUGAAGUUUCAUUUGAAAACUAACAACUCACUGGUUGGUAAUGUCACAGAGAAAUGUGUGUAGUGAUAGUAGAUAUACGAUUUAAACAAAAGCUGAAAUCAUGACAGAAUUGUGUUUACCAGGCAAGUCUGGGAGUGGAUAAACUUGUUUCUCAAAGACAAAGGACAGACUCACAGCUUUGGCCUGGUGUCCUCUAAGCUGAUGGGCCCUCACCAAUCAAGUGGCAAUUCUUUGGCAAGGGAGAAGGGUGGGGCAGGAGUGAACAGAUCUGCACCUUAGCAAACAGCCAUUCACCUCUUUCACUAGCAGACUCCUGGAUUCCAACCUCACAAUAGGAAUGACUGUUAGGGAUAACCCUCAAGAAAAUGGAUUUCAAAGAGAGAUUGAACUAUAAAAAGCAAGUGGAAGAACACACCCUAUCCAUCUCUUGCUCUCUCACGUGAGAAGACAAAAGAAAUCAGCCUAUUUGGAAGAGAUCCUGACCUUGGUCAGCUUUGUUGCUGGACCCCUCUGACUCUCCGUUCCCGUUUCGGUGCAGAUCCGCCUUGCUCGGACCCAGGGGAACAGAACUGGGCGCAGCCCUGCAGAGGGGUGCUGACCAGCGUCUUGCUUCAAAAAUAAAAACAUUAAAGGUGAGAGAUGAUUUCAUUUCCACCUGCAGGUCUUCCGGGAGAAGUGAACCUGGUUGAAACAUACACAGUGUUGUCCAGCUCCUCUGAUGAUGUCUGGUGCCUAAUUGGCCAGCAACAAAGGCAAAGUGACUGGGAGUCCUGCAGCCUGGGGAUAUAUAGCGGAGUGGGAGGCCAGCAGGCCCACCUUUGCAUCCCCGGUAGCUCAAGGGGCGGCUGCGAAAGGUAAGGUUUCCUUGCUGUGUCUGGCAGGCAUUGUAAAAAGAAAGGGACCAUUCAGCAAACACAUCUGACUCCCAGUUGCCGCACUAGUCUGGGACGAGAGGGGUCGAGUGAGUUUGUGCCUAGCACCUGCCUGGGUUACAAACUCCGGGCAUCUUCCACCAGACGUCUUGGCGCACGUGUGCGGACUUUGCGGGCAGGAAGCAGCCUGCCAGCCGCUCUGACAAGACUCCGCUGCUGCCUUUCAUUUGAACCACUGAGGCAGAGGGUAGGAAGCAAGUUCUGGAGGGGGCUGCAGUGGGGCAGAGAACCCUCAACGCUUUCAAAGCUCAAAUGUAGCAUUCACCUGUUCUCUGGAGAAAGACGGCGUCUCGCCUGUGCCCACUGACAUCACAGCUACCUCGUUCAGAUGUCCACCCUACAUUUCCCCACCCCCUCCAGCUUCUGUGCCUGGCACCACCCGUGGCAGCCAGCCCCUUAGAAUGGAAGCCAGCUGGAAAAAGUUUUGUAACUUGAGAUUUUAUGGGCAGGGCAGGCUCCCAAAACCUCCCUGUCCCUCCCACUCUGCAUUAGUGUGCCCGUCACUUCCCAGAGGAGUUCCUUUGUAAAAGGGGAGCAGGGGAGGGAGUUUUCUAGCUGUAGAUUCAUUGGGUCAUUGCUCUCUCCAGCAGGUAAUGGCAUGUUUGUCUAGUUCAAAGGAAGCCACGCCUCUGAUUUCUGUGAUAGAGAACUUUUUUUCCCCCCCCCCGACACUUUCAGUGGAAUUUCCAGGGGCAGAAACGGAAUUGUCUCACUAUAAAUCUUAGUCAUUCAUCCCUGGAGGAGCAAGGACACAGUUUUUCUUUCAGCUCUACCUGAAAGGUUAGGUCUGCUGGGAUUUUUGUGAUUAUUAACCAGAGGUUCCAAGCCGCUUAUUUACUUUUUCAAUCUGGGCAGGAAGUCUGAGCUAAAAUAGGUGGAGGGAUGGGAGUGUAAUUGCCAUGGUGUGUCUGCGUUCCUGCUGUGUGCUUUGGGGGUGGAGAGAUUUUUUGGUGUCGGCACGGCUGUGCCUGGCCGGGGAAGGAGCACCCAGACCUGUCUUCAGAGGCUGUGGCCGCCUGUGCGGAUGAGCGAGAGCUGUAGCCAUGCUGCAGCAGAUCUUGGCAGACAUGUAUAUCGAGCCUGAGCUGUUGGCAGAGCUCAACGAGGAGCAAAAGCAGAUCCUCUUCCUCAAGAUGAGGCAGGAGCAGGUCAGACGGUGGAAGGAGAAAGAAGCCGCCACAGACAAGCACUCCCUGAAGAAAGCCACCCCGAGGAAAGCGCACGGGAAGACGGUGAAGUGGAAGCUUGGCGCGGACAGCGAAGUCUGGGUCUGGGUGAUGGGCGAGCACACGUCGGACAUGCCUUAUGAGGUGCUCUGCGAGGAAAUCCUGGCACAGCGGGCUCAGCAGCAGCAGGAAGCCAGAGGAAGUGAAACAUUCCUGGAAGCAUCUGCUCCAGGGUCCCUGGGCUCUCAGCAGGGAUCCCUGGGAGAGGCAGAUCGCAAAAAGGAGGAGGAAAAAACUGGAGCGAGGGAAGAGGAAGAAGCGGUAACGGCGGUUCAAAAGGAGAGAAGCAGGGAUCUUGCUCAGGCUACCCCCAGUAAAGGCAAAGACCUGAACCAGAUGUUAACAGAAGCCAAGGCUCAGCCGAGGAAGUCUGCCUUUCAGCAGCAGGGGAUGGAUAUUUCACGGAGGCGGCCGGGAGGCAUAAGAGCAUCCGCAGAGAGGACACCGCACAUUAACCCCAACCAGAAGGAGGCCACGGAGUCGGUGCAGAAAUCGGAUAAGGACGAUCCUGAGUGGCAGGAAUCCUUGAGGAAGUCCAAAGCCGCUGAUGAGAGGAGACGCUCCAUUGCAAAGCAGGCCAGGGAUGACUACCACAGGCUGUCGCUGCAAGGCAUCCGCAAAGGGAAGGUCGCCGAAGUUUCCAAGACUUUUGGGAGCAAGGAGAACAACUUGCCCCCCCGUCCACCCCUUCCACCGAAGCCUAAAAACCUAAACUCUGGGGUAGCAAAUGGGAGGCCCAACAGCAACCCAGGCGUGCAGAGAACCAUCUCCUCUUCCACCCAGGAGAGCAUCACCAGGUGGUUUAAAGAGGAGCAGUUUCCUCUUCGGGCUGGUUAUGAGAAAUCCACGAACAGGAUAGCGCCCUGGUUCCAUGGGAUCCUCACCCUAUGGCAAGCAGAGGAGCUUCUGAGCAAAUCUGUGCCCGGUAGCUUUCUGGUCCGGGUCAGUGACAAAAUCAAAGGCUACACACUCUCCUAUGUGUCCCGGGAGGGCUGUAAGCACUUUCUAAUAGACGCCUCCAGCAGCUCCUACAGCUUCCUGGGAGUGGACCAGCUGCAGCAUUCUACACUGGCCGACCUUGUCGACUACCACAAGGAGGAGCCCAUCACUUCUGUGGGGAAGGAACUACUGCUUUACCCAUGUGGCCAGCAGGGCCUGGAACCUGACUACUGUGCACUCUUUGAGUGAGAGCCUCCAGUCCCCCCUUGUGACACAUACCUGUGCCUUCCCCAAAUGGACGGAUGAACUGUUAUCCGAAAGAUUUCCCCACCUCCCCCUCCAAUGCACAGCCAGCACCAAUCAAGUGAAAUCCUCCAAACUAGUGCCUGGGUCUGAGAAUGCUUAGCAGCAAAAUGGUGAGACAGCACUUAAGGUUGGGCGCUGUUCUCUAUUAGCGGCAUUCAGCAGCCGAGCAAGUGCUGGAGGAGCCCUAGCCAAGGAAAGGACCUGCUGGGAAGGAAGAGGCUGCCAUGUGUUACAGCAACAGUUUGUGUAAAUGUCUCUGGGCUCUCGCAGCUCAAUCAGAAUUUUGCCCUCCGAUGUUGCAACCCCAAUUGCCAGGUUGUGGGAAGUUUGCCAGCUGUGCAGUGAAAUUGGUAUUUCAAACUCGACGGGGUCGCCUCUGGUCAAGGAGCUGAUCCGAUCCCCCAGUGGUAAGUUGCAUAAUUGCAGUUCAGUCCUCUAGCAUUAGUGGACACUCAACGGGCUGCAGGAUCAGGUCCAUUGUAAAAUCCACCCCAUGCAGAAGGGCCGGCACAAGACCAGUGCAGCCCAUGCAGCGACAUAAUCCCUGACUAGAAGACUUUGGUGAGGCUUAUCUCCACACGGGGGAGAAAUAAACCUUUUGGAGAUGGGAGGGAAACAGCAGGUUUGUUAAAGAAAGCAAGCUGGAAUCUGGUGGAGACGUUUUAACUCUUGCAUCCACAGAGCCUGGGCUAUUUCAUAUCCAGUAAAACCUUUUACUGUUCAUCAGUUAUUACACAAGUCGAAUGUGGACACGAACAAUGCGAGGUGCCUGCAAAUAAAGUGCCCAGUCUUUUCCAUAAUGGAACAACUGUUUGCUGAAGUUCUGUCCACACGUCUCACCCAAAUCACACACAGGCACGUCUGAGAGAGAACUGCUCAUGCUGAACGGCGCUGGGCCUUCUACUUUUUGACGUAAACAGCUGAGCUUUGCUUGGCCCAGAGAGCUGUGGUAUAAAUAUAUCAAAGCCCAUGUUCCCGCUAAUCUUUUCCAGCCGUGUAUGCAAUAAAUGUUAUGUGAACUGAAGCAUGUGCACCACCAGUAGAAACAAAAACCUGGCUGUGGGCUCUCUGCUAAUCAGCUGGGCAGCAUUUGAAUCGCUCCUGAGCAGCUGCACAAGUGCCCCGCUUGCAAGGACCACUGGUCGUGGAACAGCUUCGAAGCGCUUCUAAAAUACGUCCUAAUGUCAGUGCCAGGAUUGAUGGUGCAUGGUAUGAAAAACAGAUGUGUUAUUGCUUUCCACUACACGAAAUGACAACCUCAUACAAGCUCUGUGAUCUGAGUAGUGAAUGAAAAUCAGUCCAGUUUCAGGUUAAAUUACCUGUCCAUUUCUCCUCUUCCAUGUGGCUUGGGGUUGUUCUGCACAACCUAAGAAAACCAUCAACACAAAGGCCUUCAGGUCACUUCUGAAAAGAGCAUCCUACACUUCGCUUUUAUUCUGUGCCCUGUGGAUUUUGAUUCUAUUCUCCAUCACAUAAAAUAUUCAACUUACGGUAAGAUGUUCUAAAAGUAAGAUGCCUUACCCCAGCAAUGAGAGAGAGGAUGGACUUGAUGCAGGAAGGACUGGGUGAAGUUUUCAUGCUCUGCUAAACGGGAGGGCCAAUCAGAUGAUCACAAUGAGCACUUGGAUGCUGUGUAAUCAGUUGCCACAAGGUAGAGGGGGAGCCUGCCUGCCAAGAGUUUUAUCACAAUGAACACAGUGAGGAUUACAUUGGGUCAUAGCAGAUGUUCAAGCGACUGUUGCUCUUUGCCAAGCCACAGCUGUUACUGAAGCAUGCUAGGCUUGAAAAGUUUGCCCCCCCAAUCAAGAACACGCUUACAACUUGAUGACAAGCCCUCAAUCCAUGUCCAUGUCAGAAGUGAUUUGCCUGGUCUUGCGGCAUAAAACUUGGCGAUACCUAAUAGCAAAACCAGCGCUCUUGGAAAGCUCAAAAGAAAACCAUAUCUGGCCAGACUCUUAAUUCCUGCUUUCACCAACCUGCUGCUUUCUCUUCAGUGCAGGGCCACUGAGCCAAACAAAGCAAAACACCUUGAUGUUGGUGAGCCCAUGGUGUUUAAAAUAAACCACUGUUUGAAGACUGUAUUCCAGCACAGAAGUGGUAUCAGACUCACUGUGGAGCUCUUCAAGAAUUUUGAGGAACAAGGACAUUUUCGAGUUCAGGAGAAGCAUGAUGGCCAGAUUCCCAGCUCUGUCAUAGCUCUGCAAUGCCUAGCAAGAGCAUGGGGGCCGAACCUGCUGCCUCGUCUUGUAAAAUGUGCAGAACCAUCUGUCCCUGUGUAACACCUCAGCCCUUUUGCAAACUGUUGCAAUUUUCAUCUGUUACUAAAAAAAAAAAAAAAUCAGUUAUUUUUAUUCUAUAGCUUUUUCAUCAUGUGUGUUUGAACCACAAUUGCACAGUGUGCGUCUCUACAUUCAAACUAGUUUACGUUGACAGGUAAAACUCCUGCGGUCACUGUCACACUGUACUGUUAAAUUGUUUCAUUGCGUGUUGUCAUCACCAUUCCCUGAUUUUGUACGCUUUUCUCCCCCUAGCUGUUCCAUGAACUGCGCGCCUACUUUUGCUGUGAUACAAUCACAGCCGUAACCAGAGGUUUCCUGUGUAAGGUGCACUCCUGGUCUAGCACAGGGGUUCUGCCUCCAGCUUGUUGAGAUGGUUUUUCCCCUCACAGAGCUCCCACUGCAGCACACAAGGCUGAGAGCAAUGUGAUGUAACAGCAUCGAUGCAGGGAGGCUAGGUGGAUCCUUGUAGCACCGGCUCUAUUCGUGGACCAUUUAUUUAGCCCACAAUUCAGUGUGUGUUCUGUCGUGAACCUAGGUGAAAGGCUCAGUGGUUCAGGCCCUGAAGACCAAGAGCAGGCAUUCCCAGUAGGAGGGCUGUAAUUAACAAGGGUGCCUUUCCCAUUCUUGCUUUAUCUCACUUCUCCAGUGGGGCAAGCUGUACUUUCCAGCUGCUUGUAAUUAAUCGCAGCUUCAAGAGAACAGCACGGUCCCUUCCUUCCCUUAUCAUUAAUUCAGGGCUCAGGGGGCAGUGAGCCACUGUGGAAAGAACAGAGUGAUUGAAACGGUUUCUGCGGCCAAGGAUUACAGCAGUGUUGUUGAAAGCUCUGCUUGUCACGGUGUGAAAGGGGCUGGAUGAAGAUGUUAUGCCAGGGCAGGGACGGAUUAAAGCUUGUGCAGGGCACAAGCAAGGUAGGAAUGCCAGGCCAAUCACAUGGUGGGAGGAGUGGGGAACAGGCGCUUGAGGCACUCAGACACUGCACCUAGUUUUGAGUCAGUUUCUGGGAGACCGCUGCUGUGUACAAGGGGUGGGAUUUAAAUAAGCCUGUUGAUUCAGUGCAUGGAUUUAUCAAUCGUAUCUUCAUAGAUUUGAAAGCAGGAGUCUUGUGUGUCUGGCCAUGCAGUAUCAGCAUGCUUACACACACUUUUGAUAAGGGAAGAAUUUCAAAGAGUUUUGUAGGGCCUAAGAAUUACAGCACUCCCCCCUUUUUAAGAUUAGCUAUUUAGAAUCUAGAGUCUUCCAACCAAUAUUUCUCCACCCCACAUUUAAAGGCAGGUGAGAUUCUAGGGCUAAAGAUUUGAAUAGUGCCUCUUUAGCUCGAGAGGCUGACAGCUGUGGGUGAUGGUCUCAUCUCACAGAACCCAACAAGUUUUAAAAAGUUGAGCAUAACUUCUAGAAUAUCAAGUAAAAGAAGGUACUUACAAUAAGGUGUUUUCAGUGUGUGUCCUCUGCCAAAGAAUGUUUCACAAAGGUAGGGGGCAGUAUGCCUACUACCCGAUGUCCACAUACACCCUAUUUUAUUCAUUGUUACUGUACUGCCUGACAUUCUUCCUUCCCCUGGCUUUCCUUAUGGUAAUGCACAAAUAGUGACAACCCCAUUCAUAUCCCAAAUGGCUUGAAAGAAUUUGAAGCUACUGAACAAUGAAAUGAUAGGAAAACAGGAGGAAAGCAAACAUUAGCCCAUGCAUCUGUUGUUGGCUAAUACAAAUUAAAAUGCCAAAAGAAACAACCGCAUUAAAAGAAAAUAGUUUAUGGUUUCAAUAAAAUAUCUGAACAGUGCUAGAGGCAACUAUCAAACAAAGCUCUUAAAAAGCAGAUCAAUUUCUGGGAAGCACUUAGGAACACUGAGUAUCAGAGGCUCCAAUUAAUCCUUCAUAGAAAUAUUUCUUAUAGCACUUACAGACUCCACUAUGCACUGGGUAAAAUGCUAGAUUUGGUUUAUACUGAAUACUUUGGUAUAAACAAGUCACAAAGAGGCCCUUCAUUUUGGUAUCUACAGCAUUUGUUAUUCAGAGUCAUUCAUUAAAUCAGGAUUGCAGAUAAUGUUCCUUUUUCUAGUGGAAUAAAAAAAAGUUCUUCAUUUCAGUACUCAUGUUCUUCUUUUGAUAAAUGAAUUCUCGUCACACUACUUCCAAUAAAGAAGGUAUGCAUUUCAGCCUGCUAGCCAAUUUCAGGAUAAGCACCUCACGGGUGAGAGAAAUGGCUCUAUUUAUGGAUCUAUGAUCUAAACUGCAAACCAUUUUCAAAACAUACAGGAAAGUUGUGCUAUUUCUAACUAAGGCCUGAAGUAGGAAAUUUACAUCUGCACAAAAUAACUCACAUGCAAAACAAGUUGACUGUAAAACAAACCAAGCCAGAUAUACUUAACAUUCUCUAGAACCAAACAUGUUGUAAGAGUAGUCUGCAGAAAAUUCCAAGCUAUGGCUUUUCAUUUUUGGUUUAACGUAGAGAGUAGGGUAUAACACCAGCUCUAGCAUUUUGGAAUUUCAUAUUUUACGUAGAUCUUUAUCUUUCUAGAUUCUAGACAGCCUUGUCCUAGAUGCUCCUGUCUAUGAAACUAAAUGUGACUGUGUCUGUCUACUCAAGACUGGCCCACAUUUUCAAAUGCAACUACUCAUUUUGGGUGUGCUCCUUAAGCCACAUUUAAAGAGGUUAUUUUUUUUUUAAGAGCAGGUGCUCUGUGCUUUUUGAAAACCAGGCCCCAUUUAGGUGUGGCAAGGUGGACACCUAAAAUCAUUCCUCCCUUUUGAAUACAAAGGUCACGCUAAGCCCAAUCCUGCCAACACUUGUGUGUGGGAGCAACCCCACUAGAGUACAUUAAAGAUGGACACAAGUCUUUGCAGGAUCAAGGCAGGUGUUGUCACCACCUGGGGAUAUUUCAAUGGAAUGCAACACACCCUUUCUUAGGGCAGCACAAGAAUUGAACACAAGCUCCUGGUUUCUAAAAUCUUUCUUCUCACCUUGCCUUUGUCGCCAACUCCCUG